AAAUUUCGAGUUAGGUAGCCGGCGCCCGGCUAGGAAAGCUGCGGUAAUUCCCACGCUGGGUUUUUUCGAGCCCAGAAGAUCUAAAACCUUUAGCUGCACCCAAAACAUCACAAAUUACGAACCCAAUUUCAUUUCCUCCUGUCCCGACAAAACCAUGAAGGCGUCUCUCAAGGGCAGGUACGAAUUGGACAAAAGCAGCGCCGCUGCCACUCUUGCCGUUGGAGCCGGAGAUGUCAAGCUUCGGGCUUCCAUGACCGAGGCUACCUUCGCCAAAGGCCCCAGCUUAAGUGGGUUGGCUCUAGCCGUUGAAAAACCUGGCUUCUUUAUCAUCGACUACAACGUCCCCAAAAAGGAUUUCAGGUUUCAGUUUAUGAACACAGUUAGGGUUGCGGAGAAACCAUUGAAUCUGACUUACAUCCACAGCAGAGGGGAUAGCCGGACAAUACUGGAUGGGAAUCUUGUGUUUGAUUCUGCAAACAAGGUUUCAGCUAAUUACAUGCUUGGUACAGGCAAUUGCAAGUUGAAGUAUACUUACGUGCAUGGCGGGGUAGCUACAUUUGAGCCCUGCUACGAUUUGGCGAAGAAUUCUUGGGAUUUUGCAGCGUCUCGGAAGGUUUAUGACGAUGACGUAUUUAAGGCUACUUAUCAGACAUCAAGCAAGUUGUUGGGUCUGGAGUGGGCAAGGAAUUCAAAAGUAAAUGGGAAUUUCAAGGACAUGUAGCCAUUUUUGUGGUCUAUGGAUGAGUGACAUGAGUCCUUAGAUGCUUGUGACUUUUGGAAUGGUACUUUUUGGAGGGUUGACAAUGCCACGAUGCUGGAAUUGGUCUAGUUGGGUGGUGUUAUGUUUAAAAUGUGGCCUUGGUGGUUGAGAUUGUUAACAUGGCAGGGACCACACAGGUGGUUUGGGUAAAGGACAAAAUUGGUGUGAUAUACUUGUCAUGGUGCCGUAGAAGAAGUUAGCUUUCAAUUUUAGUGGGAAGACUAGUAUUGCAGAGUGAACAUAAUCUUUAGGAAGACAAGUUAAAGGUGAUCCAUGGUGGUUUUAUUGGUCAGCUUCGGCAUUUGCAAUGUUAGCAAGGUGGCCUUGGUGGCUGCUGCAGUGGCAAGGAGCAACAUAUACCAAUAUUUGUAGUUCAUUGACUUCUAAUGGUGUUUCAGGGGAAGGUAGCAAGUAUGAUGGCAGCGCUAGUGGGUAAAAGGAUAAUACUGUUUGAUAAUAUUAUGUUACUACUCAGUAAGAAAGACGAAGUAUUAUGCACCAAACAAGAGAUUGUGUUUGUAGAUAUUCUUAUGUUAGAUAUGGAUAAUUUAUUUAAGUUUAUGUUUAGAAAUUAUAAGUUAAACAUGUUUCUUUCUGAUAGGAUUUCAUUUUAUGCUGGGAUACCAGUGUUGGGACUUCAUUGAAUGGGUUCCUAUUUGAUAUUUUUAAACUACCAAGUCUUAUUACGUUGUUGUACAGUAUUUCUGAUUUUUGAUGCCAGGUAAAGGGUUUGCUUGGCGAGUUAAGUAGGUC